AUGCCAAUAUCCUCCCGCAAACCACCUCCCAGCCCACAGCCAUACCUGGCGGCUUCCACUUAUUCUCACUCGGCAGACAGCCACUCACCCGCAUACGCUCCUUUGCCCUCACAAGGAUCCAGAAACCCUUCACCUGCACCACCCUAUGAUCAUCGGUUCCCAGCCAGUCCCGAUCCAUUCACUGGAACCCGGAUGCUAGCUUACGGCCCAUCGGGUCCAGCCCAGACUCCCAGCAUACAGCAGAGCUAUAACCCUCCUUAUGCCGCCCCUCCACCGCAGUCUGCGCAACCGUCCUCGCAGCUGGCCAGCAAUCGUCUGCCCUUCUUUGAAGCUGCUCUAGCACGUUCAAGGGGAGAAGUGAUUGCAGAGCCUCCUUCACAGACCGGCGCGACUCCAGGUUAUGGUCAGCCCCUACCGUCCUAUCUUCCUCCACCCGAUCCCAAUCAUCCCAACUUGGCUGUGGGCUUCACUCAAUCCAAUACAAUCAGAUUCGCGACCUCCCACAGUCCGGGCUAUGCAAGAGAGUCUUCUCGCUCUCCCUCUCCAGGAUUAGAUGAGAGCUUUGAGGAGGGCUAUGAGAGGACAUACAAUUAUGGGGGUGAGCACGAUGUGGAGAAGGCUUUAUUGGAUAAUGGAGAUCUUCUGCAAGAUCAACCGGGGGCCCUCAACCAGAAAAACUGGGAAGAAAAACCCGUGGAUUACUUUGGAGGUCAUGACGGCGAUCUCUCUCUUCCCCCUUUCAGAGGCGCUGUCGGAACUGAUCCAAGCGGUGUACCAAGCAUACAUGUUCGUGGACCAACAGAUCCAGCAUUCUUAUCUGCACAUCCAGAUAUGGCGGCAUCAUCAACUCAGCACUUCGGUCCCGCUCCAACGGGUCGGGUAGGUCGAAGGACCCAUAAUGCUGCGGGACAUCGUCGGAUCAAGCAGUCAGCCACCCUCGAUGAUAACGGUUUCUUCGCAGUCGAUAUGCCUAUCCCCACCAGACUGGCCCAAUUUUUACCCGUUAAGGGAGUUGAAGAGCAGAAGAGUACAAGGUAUACUGCCGUUACUACCGAUCCCGAUGAUUUCCCUACUUCCGGGUUGAGACUUCGUCAGAAUAUGACCGAUCCUCCUCGUCAAACUGAGCUCUUCAUCGUCAUUACAAUGUACAAUGAAAACGCCGAGCUGUUUUGUCGGACGCUAUACGGAGUGAUGAAGAAUAUUGCACAUUUGUGCGGCAGGAAAAACUCGAGGGUAUGGGGGAAAGACGGAUGGCAAAAGGUGGUGGUCUGCAUCGUUGCAGAUGGGCGUAAAGCUGUUAAUCCUCGAGUAUUAGAUUGUCUUGCUGCGCUUGGUGUUUAUCAAGAAGGUGCUAUGACGAACAAGGUCAAGGAUCGCCCAGUUACCGCCCACGUCUUCGAAUAUACAACCAGUUUUGCACUAGACGCGGAUCUGCAUUUCAAAUACCCAGACAAAGGGAUCGUUCCAUGCCAGAUGAUCUUUUGCCUGAAGGAAAAGAACGCCAAGAAGAUCAAUUCGCAUAGAUGGUUCUUCAAUGCCUUUGCUCCUCUACUCUCGCCCAAUGUCUGCAUCCUGUUGGAUGUUGGUACGCGACCUGCUCCAAAAUCUUUGUAUUACCUUUGGAAAGCUUUCGAUCUUAACUCGAAUGUCGGUGGAGCUUGUGGUGAGAUUGCAACAUUCAAGGGCAAGACAUGGCGAAGUCUGCUCAACCCGCUGGUCGCGGCUCAGUGUUUCGAGUAUAAAAUGUCAAAUAUACUGGACAAGCCGAUGGAAAGUCUGUUUGGAUAUUGCUCGGUGCUUCCAGGAGCGUUCUCGGCUUAUAGGUGGAUUGCCCUCCAAAACAAUGCCGAUGGUACUGGGCCAUACCUUUACUGCCAAUAUUAUCUUGCUGAGGAUCGUAUCCUUUGCUUUGAGAUUGUUGCGAAGAAAAAGGCCAAUUGGGUGCUCAAAUUCGUCAAAUCCGCUGUAGGAGAGACCGAUUGUCCUGAUACUAUUCCUGAAUUUAUCGCGCAGCGUCGAAGGUGGCUUAACGGAUCCUUCUUUGCUGCUGUGUACUCACUCAUCCAUGUUGCGCAAAUCUGGCGAUCGGAUCAUUCUCUCUUGAGGAAGCUGGCUUUGAUGUUGGAAUUCGCAUACAAUGCUCUGAAUCUAUUGUUUUCGUGGUUUUCACUCGCCAACUUCUACAUCUUCUUUGUGAUUCUCACUCGAGCUUUGGAAGGAGAUGCCUUCAAUAUCCCUCGUAUCGAUAUCUUGAACUCGAUCGCACAGGUGAGUGGAACAAAGGAGAGUUAG